AUGGCUACCAACGGUGACCAGGCGGCUAUGCCCGAGCAGAUCAAUGUCGACAUCAAGACCCUCACCCGCUUCCUCACGGAGGAGCAAGUCAAGCACAAGGAGGCCACCGGUGACUUCACGCUUCUCUGCCACGCCCUCCAGUUCUCCUUCAAGCAGAUUGCCUACUACAUCCGAAGAGCUACCCUCGUGAACCUGACCGGCCUCGCUGGCUCGUCCAACACCACCGGCGAUGACCAGAAGAAGCUCGACGUCAUCUCCAAUGAUCUGUUCAUUGCCACUAUGCGGUCGUCCGGCAAGGUCUCCCUGCUGGUCUCGGAGGAAGAGGAGGAGGUCAUCUACUUCAAGGACGCCAAGGACGCUCGGUACGCCGUCGCCUGCGACCCUAUCGACGGUAGCUCCAACCUCGACGCCGGUGUCUCGGUCGGCACCAUUUUCGGCGUUCACAAGCUCGCCGAGGGCUCCACGGGCACCAAGGAGGACAUCCUGAAGCCCGGCACCGAGCUGCUGGCAGCCGGCUUCACCAUGUACGGUGCCUCGGCCCAGCUGGUCAUCACCAUGAAGGGCGGCUCCGUCAACGGCUUCACGCUCGACAACGGCCUCGGCGAGUUCAUCCUGACCCACCCGGACAUGAAGCUGCCCAAGUCGCGCGCCAUCUACUCGGUCAACGAGGGCAACUCGCUCUACUGGGAGGACAACGUCAAGGCGUACUUCAAUUCCCUCAAGGAGGCACAGGCCAAUGGCAAGCCCUACAGCGCCCGUUACAUCGGUAGCAUGGUUGCCGACGCCUACCGGACCCUGCUCUACGGCGGCAUCUUUGCCUACCCGGCCGACAAGAAGAGCCCCAAGGGCAAGCUCCGUAUUCUGUAUGAGUGCGCGCCCAUGGCCAUGGUGUUUGAGAAUGCUGGUGGCCAGGCUGUCAACAGCAAGAUGCAGCGCAUGCUCGAGAUUGUGCCCGAGCACAUCCACGACCGCUCCGGCAUCUUCAUGGGCAGCUAUGAUGAGAUCGAGAAGGUCAAGUCCUUCCACAAGUGA